AUGCCAAAAUAUCCGGAAGCAGCAAUAAUCGUAUCAGAAAGAGCGGAGGUUCAAGGAGAAAAUAGGCCAUUCUUCCGCAAGACGGCGAAAAUCUUCGACAUAUCUUCGACGGAAAUCUUCAAGGUCGAAUUGAAUGAAAUGAAGAAACGGCAUUAUCUUUAUAUUCAUAUUUCAG